UCUCUGGACCAUUACUUGGGUCCAAAAACGCGGAAAUCAUGUUGCGGUCUGUUGGAAGCUUUCUUGUAACAGUUAUUUUAUUUUACCUAAUUGUUGAAAAUACUGCUCAAAAUGAAACAUUUAGAAGUGCGAGGCGUAAUCACGUUCCACUGAAUUUGUCAAAAUCUCAGGUACUGAGAGUGGCUCAGCAAUCAAAUGUCACGCACAUAAAUGAGGUUCUGGAUAAUAUCUGUUUUGAAAGAGUAGUUGGUACCAAUAAUCAUAAAAAAGUGAAAGAUUAUAUCAAAAAAUCAAUGAAAGAUCUUGGUUGGUCCGUGGAAACGGAUGAAUUUGAAGAGGACACUCCGAAUCUUGGAAAAUUGAAAUUCGAAAAUAUUAUAACAAAGUUGAAUCCUAAUGGCAAGAGGUUUUUAGCGCUUGCAUGUCAUUACGAUUCAAAGUAUACCAAAAAUGAAAAUUUUGUUGGAGCUACGGACAGUGCUGUACCUUGUGCUCAGUUGAUAAACUUAGCCAAGGUCAUGCGAGAGCAAUUGAAUUCCGUGAAGGAUCAAGAUAUCAGCUUAAUGUUUAUAUUCUUUGACGGAGAGGAAGCAUUUGAAUCAUGGGGUCCACAAGACUCUAUUUAUGGAGCAAGGCAUCUAGCCCAAAAAUGGGAAACCACCUACACUCGGCAAGAUGAAGAAUUUAUUUCAGAACUGGAUAGAAUGGAUUUGCUGGUACUUUUGGAUCUAAUAGGAGCACCUGAUCCUACAUUUUACAACUAUUUUGAGGACUCGGAAUUAUGGUAUACCAUUUUGUAUCAUACGGAAACUGCUUUAGCAGCUGCGCGGGAAUUUGCCGGAUAUUCUUAUGGAAAACCGGAACAAAGGUACUUCCAACCGUAUUCCAUUCCGACGUACAUCGAAGACGAUCACAUUCCGUUUUUACAUAGAAAUGUUUCAAUUUUGCAUAUAAUACCGUCUCCAUUUCCGUCCUUCUGGCACAAAUCAGGAGACAAUCGUUCCAACGUCAAUAUGAACACCACGGAAAAUAUUAAUAAAAUUUUAAGAAUAUUCGUUGCGUCCUAUUUACAUUUAAAAAUAUGAUAAGUAGUUUUUAUAGAUUUCAUGUUAUCUUUAUACAGGCACGAGUUCAGGAAAAAUUUCUUCUAACGCAUGAAAGUAAAUGUUUGAAAAACAUUGCUUCCUUUGAUAAAACUAAUUUAUUUAAUCAAUCAUUAAAACGGAUUAUCGCUAUAACGUUAGACUAGUGACACAUUUUUAUAUAAAAUCUGAUAUUCAAGAUGUGUUUUAUUUGCAUCAAAGCAACGAUAAGCAACGGAAUAAAAUAAAAUAUUAUCGCGUUCAUUAUA